CUUAAGCCUAAAGGAAAUGAUCCCGUGUCUGUGUGAGACUAAAAGCCUCAAAUGUGCCAGCUAAAAUGAGAGGUUUUGGUGUAAAGCACCCAGAAGUGAACAGGCUGACCCGGAAGCUGUGCUGUCUGGACGCGCAUAGAGAACAUCCAGCCUUCUUCUCUGCUUUAUUAAAGCCUCUCUUGCGAGGAAAAAACACUCUGACAUCGAUAUAAAAGAAGGAUGGCAGAGCCUCGAUUCAAUAAUCCAUAUUUCUGGCCACCACCUCCCUCUAUGCCUGGUCAACUGGAUAACCUGGUUCUUAUCGACAAGAUCAAAGAGCAACUGAUGGCAGAAAAAAUUAGACCUCCGCAUUUGCCGCCCACCACUGUUCCCUCUCAGCAGACUCUGCUGGUGGCCUCUUCACCUUCAGAAGAUGGGCAACAUGUGAUGUCUAUCCCCAAGCUGCAGCAGGUGCCGGGUCUUCAGGCCCACAACUCCUCUCAGCCUGACAUCGCCCUGCACGCCCGCCCAGCAUCCAGCACCAUUGCAGAGCUGAAUAUAGAUGACAAGUCUACAGUGAAGGCAAAGGGGUUAUGGGAAGAUUGGCACAUGCGACAAGCAUUGGACCAAGCCUCUAGAGUGAACCAUCGCUCAGCAGGUCUCACGCUGUCAUCCCGCACGGAAAGCCACAACACCUCUGAGGCUAUAACUCCCACAACCCCGACAUCUAGCAGCCAGAACCGCUUGGGCGGCGCACCUUCUUUAAACACCAUUUCCAGCCUGGCUAGCGGCCCUGGCAUGGACCAUGUGAAAAGUGGAGGUCUGGUGGGGAUGCUGGGACCACAACCCAAAGCUCCCCGGGGCCGCAAGAAGAUUAAAGCAGAGAACAACACAGGCCCAUUGUUGGUGAUGCCCUAUCCGCUUCUGGCCUCAGGCCCUGACCAGGCGAUUACCAUCGCCAAAGAGGGAAAAACAUACAGGUGUAAAGUGUGUCCCCUUACUUUCUUAAACAAGUCAGAGAUGCAGAUUCAUUCCAAGUCCCACACAGAGGUCAAACCCCACAAGUGUCCUCACUGUUCAAAGUCAUUCGCCAACGCCUCAUACCUAGCACAGCACUUACGUAUUCACUUAGGCAUUAAACCCUACCACUGCUCCUAUUGUGAGAACUCCUUCCGCCAAUUAUCACACCUCCAGCAGCACACCAGGAUUCAUACUGGUGACAGACCAUAUAAAUGUGCCCAACCAGGAUGUGAAAAGGCAUUCACACAACUCUCGAACUUACAGUCUCACCAGAGACAACAUAACAAAGACAAGCCAUACAAGUGUCCGAACUGCUACCGUGCAUACACAGACUCGGCCUCCUUACAGAUCCAUCUCUCCGCACAUGCCAUUAAGAACGCUAAAUCGUACUGUUGCAGCAUGUGUGGUCGCACAUACACCUCAGAGACCUACCUUAUGAAGCACAUGUCCAAACACACCGUGGUGGAGCAUCUGAUCAGCCACCAUUCCCCACAGAGAACAGAAUCUCCCAACAUCCCCAUACGCAUUUCACUUAUUUGAGCUUCCUCCUCCAUGCUAUUCUAUUUAUUACAAGGUAUUUUGUUCACUGCAAUAGUCUUCCGCUAAAGGGGUCCCAUUAUGCUAUUUUACAAAGUCUUGAUUUUGUUUUGGGGUGUACUAGAACAGCUUCUCAUACUAGGUUUAAAAAAAAAAAAAAAAAAAAAAUUCCCAUUUACUGUACAUUAUAACAACACCUCUCUCCCAGUAUGAACAGCUUGAAUAGUUCCUGUAUCAAAUGAAGGCCCACCUUCUGAAAUAGGAAAUGUGUUGUGAUUGGUUAGCUGGGCCAGUGUGUGUUGUGAUUGACAGCACUCAGCACCCGAUCGGGAAAUGUCAUGCCCCUUACCAUAGCCACCAGUGAGCUUCAGUGUAAAUAUUGCGUCAAAAUCAAAUUUAAACCCAGAUGAUUGUAACCACUCUACGUUCGUCUGCCUUGGGAAAGCUAGCUUGUCUCUGACAUAGUGAUUAUAACACUCAUUCCCUUCUAUAGUGCAGCUCAACCAAGUCUUGUCAAGGGCUGCACAAUUAAGCAAAUAUCUAAUCACGAUUACAAUUAUGGAUGCCACAAUUACGUGAUCGUUCAAAGCGGCAAUUAAUCGUUCAAAGUCCACUUAUGUUAUUCUGCGUGCUUAAGAUGCAUUUUUUAUUUUAUAAAUUAUCUUAAGGGUUUUUCACAUUAUUUAAAUUAUAGUUUUAGUAUAACAAUGUAAUACAAUUCAUAUUUUUACUUUUUUAUAAUUUAAAGAAGAAACCAAUUCGAUGUAUAGGUGACAUUUAAGGCUUAAUACUAUUGAAAAGCACUAAAAUAAAAAUUCAGUUAGAGCUGAUUUUUUUUUUAAUAUAUAAAAAUACAGCAUGCAGUUGCAUCAAACCAUGGUAUGAAUAUCAUUCAGUGUAAUUUGUCAUAAUCAUAAUUAAUAAUCGACUAUUAUGAUUUUUGUCAUAAUCGUGCAGCCCUAGUCUCGUCCCAUUCUUCGGUAUAUGAGAAAUCACAAAUCCCAGAAAAUAUGCGUUGUAGUCCAAACGAGUCAUUCAUUAACGUUUUUGAAAAGUGAUUUCUGUUUAAUAAAAUAUCUUCUUUUGAAAUGGACUUUGAGCGUUGUAACUUUGCAGAUCUUGUUUAUCCUCAAACAGCAACAUUAUAGACUAACUAAAGUUGAAAAAGUGAAAGCAUAAGAGGACCCCUUUAAAAAAAAAAAGAACAUGCUAAGUGUUGAGACCUCGGAG